CUAAAAUUGUAUUUUUCGGUCCAAAAACAAACGUGACAAAUUAAAUACAUAUCUUUUCUUUAUUUAUAUUAUUACAAUUUUACGCAAUCACUUUUACUAAUCCAAAUCAUUUGAUCAGUCACAAAGAGAGAGAAAUGUGUUCACUAGAGAAACGUGAUCGUCUUUUCAUACUAAAACUCACUGGCGACGGCGAACACCGUCUAAACCCAACCUUACUCGACUCUCUCCGCUCCACCAUUAACAAAAUCCGAUCAGAUCCAUCAUCUUCAAAAUCAGUCCUAAUCACAACAUCUGAUGGUAAAUUCUUCUCCAACGGUUACGAUCUCGCUUUAGCCGAGUCAAAUCCUUCUCUCUCUGUUCUAAUGGACGCAAAACUUAGAUCUCUAAUCGCCGAUCUGAUCUCUCUUCCUAUGCCAACAAUCGCCGCCGUCACUGGUCACGCCUCCGCCGCGGGGUGUAUUUUAGCGAUGAGUCAUGAUUAUGUGUUGAUGCGUCGUGAUAGAGGUUUUUUGUAUAUGAGUGAAUUGGAUAUUGAGUUAAUAGUUCCGGCGUGGUUUAUGGCUGUUAUUAGGAUGAAGAUUGGUUCUCCGGCGGCGAGAAGGGAUGUGAUAUUGACGGCGGCGAAAGUGACGGCGGAUGUGGGUGUUAAGAUGGGGAUUGUUGAUUCGGCGUAUGAUAGUGCGGUGGAGACGGUUGAAGCCGCCGUUAAGUUAGGUGAGGAGAUUAUUAAGCGUGGAGGUGAUGGACAUGUGUAUGGUAAGAUGAGAGAGACUCUUUUAAGAGAGGUUCUGAGCCAUACGAUUGGUGAAGAUGAGAGUGGUUUGAGUGUGGUGCGUAACACUGGAUCUAAACUCUAGAACAUGUUUGUACUUUUAAGACUUUUGUACGAGAUUGACUUUUGCCCUAUGUUGCA